GCGAUUUUGGUACUUGAGCCAAUUUCUCACGCCACUUAUUUACUUAUUUCUAAGUGGAUUCAGUGUCAAUUAAAACCUCUCUUGACAUGGCGACGGAUACUGCUGGCAAAGUUAUCUCGUGUAAGGCUGCUGUCGCCUGGCAAGCAAAGCAGCCUCUGUCCCUGGAAACAAUUGAAGUUGCUCCACCAAAAGCUCAUGAAGUCAGAAUAAAGAUUCUUUCUUUUGCCUUGUGCCAUACUGAUGUCUAUACCCUUAGUGGUUCGGAUCCCGAAGGAAAUUUUCCAUGCGUAUUGGGACACGAGGGUGCUGGUGUGGUUGAAAGCAUUGGUCCUGAAGUCACAGAGUUUAAGCCAGGUGAUCAUGUCGUUCCCUUAUAUAUUCCACAAUGUGGUGAUUGCAAAUUUUGUAAAUCUCCCAAAACCAAUCUUUGCAGUAAGAUACGAACGACUCAAGGAAAAGGUGAAAUGCCUGAUGGUACUUCACGUUUUACCUGCAACGGUAUAAAGCUUUAUCACUUCAUGGGCUGCUCUGUAUUUUCUGAAUACACUGUUGUUGCUGAUAUAUCUCUUGCAAAGGUAAAUCCAGCUGCUCCUUUUGAUAAAAUUUGUUUGUUGGGUUGUGGUGUGUCAACUGGAUAUGGAGCUGCUUUAAAUACUGCUAAAGUAGAACCUGGAAGUAGUUGUGCUAUCUGGGGAUUGGGAGCUGUUGGCUUGGCUGUUGCUUUUGGAUGUAAAACUGCCGGGGCCUCCCGCAUUAUCGGCAUAGACGUGAAUACAUCCAAGUUUGAAAAAGCUAAGGAGUUUGGAUGCACUGAGUUCAUCAACCCAAAGGAUUAUGAUGUACCAAUCCAGGAAAAAUUGAUUGAAUUGACUGAUGGUGGUCUCGAUUAUACUUUCGAAUGCGUAGGAAAAGUGCAAACAAUGCGAGCGGCGCUGGAAUCAUGUCACAAAGGAUGGGGUACAUCUGUUAUUGUCGGUGUUGCUGCUGCAGGUCAAGAAAUCAGCACACGCCCAUUCCAAUUGGUCACUGGUCGCGUGUGGAAAGGAACUGCUUUUGGAGGAUGGAAGUCCAAAGACAGCGUUCCUAAGCUAGUUGAUGAUUACAUGAACAAGAAAUUGAUGUUGGAUAAUUACGUUACGCACACUUUAUCUUUCGAUAAAAUCAAUGAAGGUCUUGAACUUUUAAACUCCGGAAACUGUUUGAGAGUAGUUUUGAAUUUUUAAGUGACUGGUCAACAAAUAUUUUUAUACUUGAUAGUCUCUACUGUUUUAUCUCAUCAAAGAUUGAAUUCAACAAAUGAAAUAUAUGUCUUGCAUGAUGAAGCUGUUUUAUAAUUAUAUAACGAUUGUUAUGAAAUACAUUGAUAUAAGUUUUGAUAACUUUUUAUCUUGUGAGAACUCACUCAUGUCGAUAUUCAGUAAAAUAUAAAAAAAACAUGAAUAAACAAGAAAAUAUAUAUUUUCUACAACGA